CCCGUCUUUCCUCCUGCCAUGGCCGCAAGAACCAUGCGCGCCGUGCAAUACGGCGGCUACGGCGGUGGCGCCGCCGCUCUCCAGAAUCUCGGUGGCAAUACUGCACCUGAAACUUUUCCUCUGAUACUAGAGGUUUGUUCGCUUCCGUGCUCUUCGGAGGAAGCUGAACUGAGCCUUUCAAGAACAUGUCAUAGAAUCUCGGUCGCAACACUGCACCUGAAGCUUUUCCUCUGAUACUAGUCCGUUUGUUUGCUUCACCUCAUGGUCAAAGCAUGUUGAGAUCCAGGUUCCUUCACCCAAGAAGGAUGAGGUGCUCCUGAGAGUGGAAGCAGCAAGCAUGAACCCAGCUGACUGGAAAGUCCAGAAGGGAGCGUUCCGGCCUUUUCUGCCAUCCAAGUUUCCAUUUGUUCCAGUAUCGGAUGUUGCAGGAGAAGUUGUUGAGGUUGGACCUGGCGUCGAUGGCUUCAAGCCAGGAGACAAGGUGGUCACAUGGCUUGGAUUUAAAGCAGGUGGACUCGCGGAGUACGCUGUUGCACCAGUAAACCUGACGGUCCACAUUCCACCUGAAGUAUCAGCCGCAGACGCUGCAGGUCUGCCUAUAGCGGGCUUUACUGCUCUACAGGCGCUGAGGUACGCCACAACCAAGUUCGACGGCACCGGCGAUCCAGCAAACGUCCUCAUCACUGCCGCCUCUGGCGGUGUCGGGACGUUCGCCGUCCAGAUCGCCAAGCUCGGAAACCUCCAUGUCACCGCCACCUGCGGCGCCCGGAACAUGGAGCUGGUGAGGAGCCUGGGCGCAGAUGAGGUGCUUGACUACAAGACCCCGGAAGGCAAGAGCUUGAAGAGCCCUUCGGGCAGGAAGUACGACGUCGUCGUGAACUGCACCACCAGCGUUGGCUGGUCCAGCUUGGAGUCCAACCUCGCAGCUCACGGGAAGGUCGUCGAUCUCAAUCCUUCGCCGGGGGCUUUCCUUCGUUCUGCUCUGAAGCAAUUGACCUGCUCGAAUAAGAAGCUGGUGGUGCUGUUCGCGACGGCGACGAAGGAGGACUUGCAGUUCCUGGUUGAGCUGGUGAAGGGAGGGAAGCUUAGGACGGUGAUCGACUCGAGAUACGCACUGGGCAAGGCGGAGGAGGCCUGGGCAAAGAGCAUGGAGGGUCAUGCCAGUGGUAAGAUCAUCGUCGAGUGUGACCAAGUCAUGGACAUAUAAAUAUCAAGCGUUUGAUCCCAAUUGUAUCAAGAUUUGUGUGAAUCCAAGUGAAAUCAUUGUCAAUAUGAUGCCAAGCAGUUCGAUUCA